UGACAAGACAAUGACCAUCUUUGUCACAGGGCAGGGGGGAAGGUAGAUGCAAUAAAUUGUUGAAAUCUAACGCAGCAAAGCAAUAAAAAAGUGUUGUAACAACAAUACAAUAAAUAUAUUGAGAAAAACAUGUGAUUUGUUUUGAAAUGAGGUCACGUGUAAGGAGGCUCUUAUCAUUCUGAGCUCUAUAUAUUUACAUAGAUCAUUGUGGAUGACAGACAUUUUCCGCUUCUGGGGUGGCUCUGAGAAUUUCAUCACUAUUUUCAUUUCCAUGGUUUUGCAGCAAUUGGGUGUUGUGAAAUCAAUAUCCAGGUGGUUGCUAUCUCCUGAAAUCAAAAGUGUCCCUGUUCUCAGAGCCUCCCAAAGCUUUGGAGGAAUUGGGUAUCUGUGAACAUAAAAUUUAGGAAGAGGGUGUCUGAGCAGAUUGGAAAAGUUCAAAAUCUACUAGGUUGGUGUGUCGCUAGAAAAAAAAAUGUUGAAUAUUGGUAAAAGGGUAGGUGACAAUCUAUUGAAGAGGAGGAUUAAUGGCAUUGUUAGCAGCAGGGGGGCAGCCAUAUCUACUGCUGUAGAGAAGAAGGAAACCCAUGGCUUUUCUUUGCCUCAGAUGCCUCCUUUUGAUUACAAACCACAACCUUACAGUGGUCCAUUCCUAGAUGAGAUUUUGCAGAAGAGAAAGCAGUACUUAUGCCCCUCCAUGUUCUAUUUCUAUGAAAAGCCUUUGAACAUUGUUGAAGGGAAGAUGCAGUAUUUGUUUGAUGAGAGUGGACGCCGAUACCUGGAUGCUUUUGGAGGCAUUGUGACUGUGUCCUGUGGACAUUGUCACCCUGAUAUUGUUGAUGCUAUUGUGAAGCAAACUAGACUCUUGCAGCACACUACUACAAUCUACCUUCAUCAUGCAAUUACAGAGUUUGCAGAGGCAUUAGCUGCAAAAUUUCCUGGAAAUCUUAAGGUUGUUUUCUUUACAAAUUCGGGCACAGAAUCCAAUGAACUAGCGACAAUGAUGGCUCGUUUAUACACUGGUAAUCAUGAUAUGAUAUCAGUGAGAAACUCAUAUCAUGGUUCAAGUGCCAACACAAUGGGGAUGACAGCUCAGAGCAAGUGGAAAUAUAAUGUUGUGCAGACUGGAGCUCAUCAUGCCCUCAACCCAAAUCCAUAUCGUGGUCCAUUUGGUUCUGAUGGUGCAAAAUAUGCUAAAGACGUCCAAGACAUAAUUGAUUUUGGAACCUCUGGUCGUGUUGCUGGCUUUAUUGCAGAGCCUAUACAGGGUGUUGGUGGAGCAGUAGAAAUGGCACCUGGCUACUUGAAGCCUGUUUAUGAAAGUGUCAGGAAAGCUGGAGGUGUUUGCAUAUCUGAUGAGGUUCAGACUGGUUUUGGUCGCAUGGGAAGUCAUUAUUGGGGCUUUGAAACACAGGGUGUCAUUCCUGACAUUGUUACAAUGGCUAAGGGAAUUGGGAAUGGCCUUCCUCUCGGAGCAGUUGUAACAACUCCAGAAAUUGCUCAAGUGCUGACACAACGAUGUCACUUUAAUACUUUUGGAGGAAAUCCAGUCUGUGCUGCUGGUGGCCACGCUGUUUUAAAGGUCCUGGAUAAAGAAAAGAGACAAGAACACUGUGCUGUUGUGGGGCCUUACUUAAUCAACCGUUUAAGAGAGCUUCAAGAUAAAUAUGAAGUUAUAGGAGAUGUAAGGGGACGAGGUUUGAUGAUUGGUGUUGAGCUGGUAACUGACCGAGCUGCAAAAACACCGGCUCAAGUAGAAACUGCAGUUGUAUUUGAAAAACUGAAAGACAUGGGAGUGCUGGUUGGAAAAGGAGGGAUGUAUGGAAAUGUCUUUCGAAUUAAGCCUCCGAUGUGCUUCACAAAGGAAGAUUCAGAUUUUCUUGUGGAUGUCAUGGACCAUGCACUGUCGCAACUCUAGAAGUUCCUAAUGUCGCAACUCUAGAAGUUCCCUACUAGAUAUGGAGUAGCUCUAUACUAUUAUUCAAUAAAUUUGGCAGCCAUACAGUGUUGCAGAAUUUCUGAGAGCAUGAGACAUCACAACGUUGUCUCUUGACCUUGGAAAAUCAGAAAGUAACGUGUGUUUUUGAAGAAGCCAGACUUUGAGAGAUUCUAGAAGUUCCCUACUAGAUUUGGAGUAGCUAUAUACUAUUAUUCAAUAAACUUUGCAACUAUAAAGUGUUGCAGAUUCUCUGAGAGCAUGAGACACCACCUCGUUGUCUCUUGGCCUUGGAGAAUUAGAAAGUAAUGUGUGUUUUUAGGUGUUUGAAGAAGCCAUGUUUCUGAGAGCAUGAGACACCACCUCGUUGUCUCUUGGCCUUGGAAAAUUAGGAAGUAAUGUGUGUUAAGUCUUUGAAAGAGCCAUGUUUCAGAGUGCAUGAGACACCCUAUCUCCUUGUCUCUGUCUCGGAAGAUUUGGAAGCAAUGUGUGCCUGUAAUUCUCAGAAAGAGUAGUAUUUGGAUGGGUUUAAUGUUCUAUGAAAUGUAAAGAUAACUCAAAAUUAUCCUUAAUGGCUUCUUUGAAUAGUGAAGCUAACUUAUACAUAUUAAUAUAGUUGAUGUCUUGUAUAA